AUGCCAACUCCCAGAGUAAUCUACCAACCCAGACCAGGCAGUCCCAUUGACGUCGACCGGGUAUUUUACGGACGCUUGGGUCAGGAGACGGAGACCCGCAACCAGAUCGAACAGUUCGUGGUGCCAAUACGCUCCGGCAGAGCCUGGCCGGUACUGGCAGGCCAGAUAUGCCGCAUCGUCGUGGUGGAAGGGGCGCAGGUGGCCGACUUCAACGCCUGGAACCUCAAUAAUCCCAGAGAACGGUUCUGGGCGGCCCGCACCAAGCAGCUGCACCGAGCCCACGUCACCACGUUCGACCGGCUAUGGUCGUGCCUCCCGUACCUGCGCCCCAUGCUCACCAUCACCGCAGACACGGUGGACUAUCCUCUGGACGAGGACGGCGCCGGAUGUCAUGACCUGCUGGGCACCCGCUGCGAUCCAUACGUUCACAAGAUGCUGAAUGGCGAGGAAUUCGACUACUGCUGCCACUCGAACUUGGUGCGGGCAGUCGCUCCGUACCAUCUCGAUGAGAGCGACGUUCACGACGUUCUCAACAUAUUCCAGGUGACCGGACUUACCACCGACGACCGCUACUUCGUGAAGCCCUCGCCGGCCAGGCAGGGAGACUACUUCGAGUUCUUCGCAGAGAUAGACCUGCUCUGCGCCAUUUCCACUUGUCCCCAAGGAGACCUGUCGGUCCAGGCUUGGGGACAAGACGCCGACGAUCCCAUCGACACCUGCCAUCCGCUGGGCGUCGAGAUUUAUCAGCCCCAUCCCGGACUCAUGGAAGGCUGGCAGUCGCCUCCAACGAGCGAUUACCGAGGCAUCCACGGGCUUGACCGUCCAUAA